UUCGCCUGUACAUUUUUAUUUUACAUCAACCUUCUUGCUUUCUCUCUCGCUUGGCUCCUCCUCGCUCGCUCCUUCUCCGAUCACUAGAUCUGACCCCCGAUCGUCGCAGGGUUUAGAAGAACCUUCUAAGAAGUGAGAGAGAAUGGGCCGUGGAGUUAGUGCGGGUGGAGGGCAGAGUUCUUUGGGGUAUCUUUUUGGCAGCGGAGAGGCGCCUCCAAAGCCGGCUACCGAAAGUGCUCCCGCCGAACCUCGGCCCGUAAGUGCCACACCUCCACCUAAAGCCGCUUCUCCUCAACCCGUGGAUGUGACCAAGCAGAUUCCCGCCGGUAUCAAUAGCACCUCCGCAAACAACUACAUGAGGGCCGAUGGACAAAACACCGGCAACUUCCUCACGGACCGGCCGUCGACCAAGGUUCAUGCCGCUCCUGGAGGCGGCUCGUCACUCGGAUAUCUCUUUGGUGGGGGUAGCAACAACUGAGUGAGAUAGCCAUUGGCAUCCCCGAGUCUUUCUCUGUUAUAUUCUUCUUGUUUGUUUCCUCUUUUGCCAUUCUCUCUCUCUCUCUCCCUGUCUCUUGGUCUCUCUAAGAACUGGAAAAAGGAUGACGAAAGGGAAAAAAAACAGCAGAACUUGUCAUGUCUGAUUAAAAACUGUAAGAGCUGAUGUUGUAUGGAUGUGUUCAAAAGUUUCCAACCUUUGGACUUCAAC